UAACGUUGUGGAAUGUUAGGGGGAACCGUUUAAAUGUCGCAUUUGUAUCUUCCGGAAUGCUAACACGACGGACAGGGGAUGCAUGUAUGUCCUUAAAGAAGUGGAUGCCAACUUAUGGCCACUUUGGUGGUGUUGAGGGGUCUUGUACCCUGGCACUGUCAUAGGAUUACUCUGCUCAGGGGUUUCUUCUGCUUGCAGCCACCUCUAGGCCACCAUCAACAAACUGUAUCAGGCCGGUGCCCUAACAUGGACCUCCAGUCUCUCCGCACAGUACACCAGUGCUCAGUGCUGUGUGCAGGUCAUAAUAAAUGGUCCAAGGUAAAAAACGUAAAAGGACCCAAAGACACAAUUCGAAGUCAGAUAUUCAUGAAAUUAGUUAUGAUGAUUCGGGUUGCAGUCAAAGAGGGAGGGUCAAACCCAGAAUUCAAUCCACAGCUAGCCAGCCUGGUGGAGCAGUGCAGGAGUAAGAACAUGCCCAAGGCCACCAUCGAAGCUGCCAUCAAAGGGGCGGAGAAAGUGAAGGCUGGAUCGUCGUGCACAUAUGAGGCCCGGGGUCCUGGUGGCUCCAUGUUACUCAUUGAAGUUCUAACAGAUAACAACACACGGACCCACCAGCAUAUCAAGCACCUGGUCCAAAAACACGGUGGGAUGCUGUGUGAUGGGGCGCGACACAGUUUUGAGAGAAAAGGAGUGGUGGUUGCAGCGAGGAAGGGCAUGUCCACAGAGCGGGCGCUGGAGCUGGCCAUCGAGGCGGGGGCCGAGGACGUGCAGGAGUCCGAAGACGAGGAGGAAAGGCCGCUGCUCCAGUUUAUCUGUGAAGCAUCGCAGCUGCAGGAUGUGCGGCACACGCUGGAGGCUUUGGGGCUGGUCACACAGUCUGCUGCCCUGGAGUACGUGGCCUGCAACCACACUCUGCUGCUCCAGGAGUACCUGGAGGCUACCUCUCGCCUGCUGGACUCCCUGAACGAUUACCCUGAUGUGGUUCGGGUCUGGGACAACAUCCAAGUGGCAGACUAACCCAAAGCAGUGGGCUGUUUGACCGGGAAUGAUUGGAGGACUCCCUGUAAUGGUGGGAGUAACCAUCUACCUAUGGAAUCAACACUUUCUGCUGUUCCUGAUUCUUCAGGUGGUUACUCAGUUCUUGUCACGGUUUUAAAAGGACAUUGUAAUCUUGGAAAUUAUUAAAAUUGUUCAGUCGCAAA